GUACCUCUCCUUCUGCGUUAAUUUGUGUGUGUGUAAUGGGAAAUGCAUUGGCCAUGGCUUUCAAGCUUCCCAACCUCCAUGCCCCUCUCUUUAUUGAUGGACUCCUUUAUAUAAGCUUUCUUCAUGUGUAAAAAAAAGUUCAUUUCUUCACACGUUAAACCCUAACAGUUAUGGCUCCCAAGCUCCAGAUUCUCACCCUCUUUGUGCUCCACUUUUUCCUUUUGGCCUUUUCAGACCUCAAUGAGCAAAUACCAGAAAGAAAAGCUCUUCUGGCCUUCAAAACCUCUCUUGAAGACCCACAUGUUCUUUUUCAAUGGAACCCAUCUACCCCUCACUGCAACUGGGUCGGCGUCUCCUGCCACCUUGGCCGAAUCGUCCAACUCUCCCUUCCAACACGGUCCCUCAAAGGUCCACUCUCUCCUUCUCUGUUCUCUCUUUCCAGCCUCAUUUCUCUAGACCUCUCCUCCAACUUCCUCUACGGAAAAAUCCCGUCUCAGAUAUCCAAUCUUCAAAGCCUGACAGAGCUCUCUCUAGGCGGCAACGAGUUGUCCGGGGAGAUCCCGCUUCAACUCACUGAGUUAACCCAGCUGCAGACCCUCAAACUCGGGCCCAACUCUCUUACUGGUAAAAUCCCAGAACAGCUCGGAGAACUGACCCAGCUGAGAACCCUCGACCUCUCCGGGAACGCACUCACCGGAAAUGUCCCGCCCCGGAUAGGGAGCUUGACCCGGCUCCAGUUCCUGGACGUUGGAAAUAAUCUCCUCUCAGGUUCUCUCCCACCAAUACUUUUUACAAACCUUCAGUCUCUAACUUCAUUGGACAUAUCGAACAAUUCCUUUUCUGGGACAAUCCCACCGGAAAUUGGUUCCUUGAAGAACCUCACUGAUCUUUAUAUCGGAAUUAACAAGUUUUCUGGUCAGGUUCCUAAAGAAAUUGGCGAGCUGCAAAAGCUCGAAAACUUUUUUUCACCGUCCUGUUUACUAACGGGUCCGUUGCCCGAUGAAUUUUCUCAGUUAGAAUCACUCAGCAAACUCGACCUUUCAUAUAACCCGUUAAGGUGUUCAAUACCAAAGUCUAUUGGGAAGUUGCAGAACUUGAGCAUUUUGAAUCUCGUAUUUGCUGAGCUGAAUGGGUCCGUUCCGGCCGAGCUUGGAAACUGUAGUAACUUAAAAACUUUGAUGCUUUCGUUUAAUUCGUUAUCCGGGUCAUUGCCAGAGGAGCUAUCUGCUCCCAUGUUGACAUUUUCUGCUGAAAAGAAUGAACUUUCGGGGCCAUUGCCUUCUUGGCUAGGAAAGUGGGAAAUGAUGGAGUCGCUUUUACUUUCAAGCAAUCGGUUCACCGGGGAAAUCCCGCCCGAGAUUGGGAAUUUCUCUAUGCUCAACCAUCUCAGCUUGAGCAAUAACUUGUUGACGGGUUCGAUACCAGAGGAGUUGUGUAAUGCCUUAUCACUUACAGAGAUUGAUCUUGAUAGUAAUUUCCUGUCAGGGACGAUUGAGAACACGUUUCUGAAGUGCAGGAAUCUUACCCAGUUGGUUUUGGUGAAUAAUGAGAUCGUUGGUACGAUACCGGUGUACCUUUUUGAGCUUCCACUGAUGGUACUUGAUCUCGACUCCAAUAACUUCACGGGUACAAUACCUGCGAGUCUAUGGAAUUCAACGAGUUUGAUGGAAUUCUCUGCUGGGAAUAAUCUGUUGGAGGGCUCUCUUCCUAUGGAGAUUGGCAGCGCAGUUGCUUUGCAAAGGCUUGUUCUCAGUAAUAACCAGUUGAGAGGCGGUAUACCAAAGGAGUUUGGAAAUCUCACAGCUCUUUCUGUUCUUAAUUUGAAUUUGAAUCUCCUGGAAGGGAACAUUCCAACGGAGCUUGGAGACUGCACUUCACUUACGACUUUGGACCUUGGAAACAAUCUUCUUGAUGGCUCUAUUCCGGAGAAACUUGCUGACCUGGCUCAGCUACAAUGCCUGGUCCUUUCUCACAACAAUCUGUCUGGGUUCAUUCCUUCAAAUCCGUCCUUGUAUUUUCGUCAGGCCACCAUGCCUGAUUUGAGCUUUGUUCAACACCACGGGGUGUUUGAUCUGUCUUUCAAUAGAUUUUCUGGCACAAUCCCUGAAGAGUUGGGAAACUGUGUGGUGGUGGUGGAUCUUUUAAUCAGCAACAACAUGCUUUCUGGAGGAAUUCCAAGAUCCCUCUCUCGCUUAACAAACCUUACGACGUUGGAUUUGUCAGGUAAUUUGCUAACUGGCUCCAUUCCACCGGAAUUUGGUGAUUCCCGCAAGCUUCAAGGAUUGUAUCUUGGAAACAAUCUGCUCACAGGCAUGAUCCCUGGAAGCUUAGGUCGUUUGAGUAGUUUGGUGAAGCUCAACUUGACUGGUAAUAAGUUAUCUGGUUCACUUCCAAUGAGUUUGGGGAACUUAACAGAGCUGACCCACUUAGAUUUGAGCUCUAACGAUCUCAAUGGUGAGCUUCCUGCUUCUUUAUCAAGCAUGCUGAACCUUGUGGGUCUUUAUGUUCAGCAGAACAGGCUUUCUGGUCAGGUUGAUGAGCUGUUCUCCAAUUCCAUGUCCUGGAAGAUUGAAACUAUGAAUUUCAGUAAUAAUUUCUUUGGUGGGGAGUUGCCAAGGUCUUUGGGCAAUUUGUCCUACUUGACACGUUUGGAUCUACAUGGAAAUUUGUUUGCUGGGUAUAUUCCACCAGACCUUGGGAAUCUGAUGCAACUUGAGUAUUUUGAUCUUUCGAGGAAUAGGCUUUCUGGACAUAUACCAGAAAAAAUAUGUGGCCUAAUGAACCUGUUUUUCCUGAAUUUAGAGGAAAAUAGAUUGGAAGGGCCUGUUCCCAGAAACGGUAUUUGUCUGAACCUAUCAAGAAUUCUGCUUGCGGGGAACAAAAACCUUUGUGGGAGAAUUAUGGGUUUGGACUGCCAGAUUAGAAGCUUUGAGAAGUCAGCAUUGUUAAAUGCCUGGGGGCUGGCUGGGAUUGUAGUUGGAGUUACACUCAUCAUUCUUACUGUAGUUUUUGCUAUGCGGAGAUGGAUUCCUGGAAACUGCUGGCAGAAUGGUCCUGAGGAAAUCGAGGAAAGCAAAUUAGACAGUUUUAUAGAUCAAAAUCUCUACUUCUUAAGCAGCAGCAGAUCUAAGGAACCUUUGAGCAUCAAUCUAGCCAUGUUUGAGCAGCCUCUCCUGAAACUAACCUUGGUUGAUAUUCUUGAAGCCACGAACAAUUUCUGCAAGACAAACAUAAUUGGAGAUGGAGGUUUUGGAACUGUAUACAAAGCAACCUUGCCCAAUGGUAAAACCGUUGCUGUUAAGAAGCUAAGCGAAGCUAAAACACAGGGUAAUCGGGAAUUUAUUGCUGAAAUGGAAACUUUGGGAAAGGUUAAGCACCAAAAUCUCGUCCCAUUGCUUGGGUACUGCUCCUUCGGGGAGGAAAAGCUCCUGGUGUAUGAAUAUAUGGUCAAUGGGAGCCUAGAUCUUUGGCUGAGAAGUCGGACAGGGGCUCUUGAAAUCCUCAACUGGGACAGACGCUUCAAGAUUGCAACUGGUGCUGCACGUGGGCUUGCUUUUCUUCACCAUGGGUUCGUCCCCCAUAUAAUUCACAGGGAUAUUAAAGCCAGCAACAUCUUACUCGAUGAAGACUUUGAACCCAAGGUUGCAGACUUUGGGCUUGCAAGAUUGAUCAGUGCUUGUGAGACUCAUGUUACAACUGACAUUGCAGGAACAUUUGGCUACAUUCCUCCCGAGUAUGGGCAGAGUGGGAGGUCCACUUCAAGGGGAGAUGUUUACAGUUUUGGGGUAAUUUUACUUGAAUUAGUGACCGGGAAAGAGCCAACUGGACCUGUUUUUAAAGAGAUUGAAGGCGGGAAUCUGGUCGGUUGGGUGUUUCAAAAGAUCAAUAGCCGGAAGGCCAUUGAUGUUCUUGAUCCUGUUGUUCUUAAUGCUGAUUCAAAGCAGAUGAUGCUUCAAAUGCUGCAGAUUGCUUGUGUAUGUCUGUCUGACAUUCCUGCCAACAGGCCUUCCAUGCUUCAAGUACUGAAGUUACUGAAAGCGCUCAAAGAGUAGUAGUAGAUGUAGAGUUUCUGUUUGAUUAGGGGUAAUAGGUUUAUUGUUACAAUAAUUUACUGUGAAUCUUUAGUUGUAAAGAGUUUCAGUUUAGUAAAAUCUAACUGCAAUUUGGUGUUUCAAACACGCUUAUGAGUAAUUUGAUAUCUCUGCAAGUACUGUAAAAAAAAAACUUUUACGUAUC